AGCUUCCUAAAAAAGAGAUCAAAUUUUGAUGAUAAAUUUGUUCUUCCCUUCGAUCAAUUCUCGAAUUGGAUACAUUGUAUUUGCAUAGUAAAUUUCGAUAUUGAUUUAGGGCAAAUACUAGAGAGAUAUAAUAUAGGCUACCUUUCCUUUCCGGAUUCGCACUCUUCAUGCCUCGGAAACACGCAAUUUCAUUUCAGAAUUCGUUCUCCUUCAUCAGAAAGAUUUUACAUGUUCAAGCGUUUAUAUGACUUAUUUCCUCCUUUUUUGAGGCCUACAAGUGGCUAUCUUUUUGGAUAUGUUUACUUUCGCCAAGUCAAGGACCUAUCCAUUAAGCGCAAUUACUUACAGAAGUCCGUUGUCAUUCUUUCUCCAUGGCCGUUUCAAACCCUUUUUUAUAGGAAAGCUUCCUUAUUAGCUUGUGAAUAUUUCUUGUCGGGUCGGAUUGCUCUGGAGGCUGCUGGACAUGAUGUUGAUAAGUGGCCACCGCCUUUGCCGAACUGCAUUCUUACUUUGCCGCUCCUUGGCUCUGUCACACAAAUUAUUAUUCCCGGCAGAAAAAUGUCUUCUGUUCGACCUUCAUCCUUGGCAUCUUCUAAAGAAGGCGAUAUAUUGAAUGAUUGGGAAUUGCUUGAAGAAGAAAUCAAGAAGGAGAGCAUUCUUUUGAAUUGUAAAACAAACGAAAUUAGAAACACCGGGAUUGAUUAUAGUUCAAAUUAUCCCUCACACACGGUCUCUGUUGAUGACCUAAGUUUUAACUUCUCUGCUAUUCAAGAAGAAGAUAGUUCACGCCAAAAAGAUGCUUUGGAUAAUUCAUACGAUCCUCCUGUUUUAAUUGAUACGAAAGACCUUAUUAUGAUCCCCCAGUCUUUUUCG